CUUCUCUCCUCCCGCUCCCCGCAGGGGUGUGGCCUGAGUGAGGAGACCGCAAACUGCCCCCUCUCCCCUGUCUCCCCGGAUGACGAGUCGCUGGAUAACAUGGAGUCGGGCAAGAUGGCGCCUCCCAAGAACGCUCCGAGAGAUGCCUUGGUGAUGGCACAGAUCCUGAAGGAUAUGGGAAUCACAGAAUACGAACCAAGGGUUAUAAAUCAAAUGUUGGAAUUUGCUUUCCGAUAUGUGACUACAAUUCUGGAUGAUGCAAAAAUUUAUUCAAGCCAUGCUAAGAAACCCAAUGUUGAUGCAGAUGAUGUGAGACUGGCAAUCCAGUGUCGUGCUGAUCAGUCUUUUACCUCUCCUCCCCCAAGAGAUUUUUUACUGGACAUUGCAAGGCAGAAAAAUCAAACCCCUUUGCCACUGAUUAAGCCAUAUGCAGGACCUAGACUGCCACCUGAUAGAUACUGCUUAACAGCUCCAAACUACAGGCUGAAGUCCUUAAUUAAAAAGGGACCUAACCAAGGGAGACUAGUUCCACGAUUAAGUGUUGGUGCUGUUAGUAGCAAACCUACCACUCCUACUGUAGCGACCCCACAAACAGUGUCUGUCCCAAAUAAAGUUGCAACUCCAAUGUCGGUGACAAGCCAAAGAUUUACGGUGCAGAUUCCACCUUCUCAGUCCACACCUGUCAAACCAGUUCCUGCAACAACUGCAGUUCAAAAUGUUCUGAUUAAUCCUUCAAUGAUUGGGCCCAAAAAUAUUCUUAUUACCACCAACAUGGUUUCAUCACAGAACACGGCCAAUGAAGCAAACCCACUGAAGAGAAAGCAUGAAGAUGAUGAUGACAAUGAUACUAUGUAAGGAAUAUAGUCUAGUCUAGAUGCAUUUCAGAAGGAAAGGUGGUUUUGAGCCUGUACU